CGCAGGGCUGAGGCGGGAACUCUCAAGGAGAGAGGGAGACGGGCCUGAGACUACUAUCAUGUCCUUCCCGCACUUCGGACACCCGUACGGCGGCGCUUCCCAGUUUCUGGUGUCUGCCAGUUCCAGUACUUGCUGCGAAUCCGCCCCGCGCUCGGUCUCCGAUGUGGCCUCAGGCUCCACCCGGGCGGCCACUCUCUGCUGUGCACCCUACGAUAGUCGUCUGCUGGGUCCCGCUGGGCCGGAGCUGGGCGCAGCCUUGGGCAUCUAUGGAGCCCCCUACGCGGCUGCCACAGCGGCCCAGAGCUACCCCAGCUACCUACCCUACUCCCCGGAGCCGCCCGCGCUAUACGGGGCGCUGAACCCACAGUAUGAAUUUAAGGAGGCUGCAGGGAGCUUUACACCAGGCCUGGCACAACCAGGAGCUUAUUAUUCCUACGAACCGACCCUAGGGCAGUACCAGUAUGACCGGUACGGUGCCGUGGAGUUGGGCAGCGCCGGGCGCCGAAAGAACGCCACCCGGGAGACCACCAGCACGCUCAAGGCCUGGCUCAACGAGCACCGCAAGAACCCCUACCCCACCAAGGGCGAGAAGAUCAUGCUGGCCAUCAUCACCAAGAUGACCCUCACCCAGGUGUCCACCUGGUUCGCCAACGCCCGCCGGCGCCUCAAGAAGGAGAACAAGAUGACGUGGGCGCCCAAGAACAAAGGCGGGGAGGAGAGGAAGGUGGAGCGCGGAGCGCAAGAAGCGCUGGGCUGCCUAAACCGUAACACCAAAGACGUUACUGCUAGCCAGGAGGCUCGAGGGCUCCGGCUGAGUGACCUGGAAGACCUGGAGGAAGAGGGGGAGGAGGAGGAGGCUGAAGAAGAGGGGACAGUGGCCACAGCUGCGGACAGGCUAGAAGAUUUCCAUAAGGGCGCGCAGUCGCUGCCCGCAUCCCGCGCCACAGCUCGAGAGGGUCGGCUAGAGCGCAGGGAGUGCGGCCUUGUGAUGCCCCGCCUCUCCUUCAGUGAGCCCCCGGGGCCCGGAGAAGCUGACUUCCUCGGGGUGCAGCCCGGGAGCCCCGCGCUGAGCGUGCACUACGCGAGCAGCGAGAAGCCGCGCAUCUGGUCUCUGGCGCAUACUGCGGCGAGCGUCAUCGAAGUUGCACCUCCAAACCGGCCCCGGCCACGAAGUCCUGAGUGCCACCUGAUUCCCGGGCAGCCUCCAGGCGCGAGCGGGCUACCCGCGGGACCCAGGGACUCCUCGUGCGACGAGUCUUCCCGGGCAGCCAACCAGGCAGCCAAAGCUUUUGGAAACCCCACGUUCGCCCUGCCGCUGAACUGUGUGCCGUGCCCGCGGCGGAGGGAGCCUGCAGUGCAGUGCCAAUACCUUUCCGGAGCGGAAGCAGGUUAGCGCAAAGGUGUGAUUUGUGGAAGAAUCGUGGAAUGAGCCCCACUUUUCUAACUCACCUCCACACUAAGGUGCUGCAAGACCUCGCUGGGGAACCAGAGGCUCUCACUUCACCUAAGAGACAAACAGAAACACAGAAACCCUCCUAAGUGGUUGUCCCUGCACGAAGAGCUGGGAGUGGUGGGCAGACGUGCACGUUAUCAGAUCUGAUGGAGGUGGCAGGGCA